AUGGCCGCUGCGCCAGCGCCCGGGCUGGCCGGCCCUCUGUACGCCUUCGCCGCGUGCGGCGGCUACAUGACCCUCGGUCCGCUGCUGAUCCUGCUCAACAACCACAUCCUGCACGGGCUCCACUUUCCCUACCCGAUUGCGCUCUCCGCGCUCGGCGUCACCUUCUCCGCCGCGUGCUGCCGCCUGCUCACGCUGACGCGGCUGGUGCCGCUGACACGGCCCGAGCUGGCCCAGUCGCGCGCCUUCUUCUGGCGCACCACGCUGCCGCUCGCCGCGCUCGCCGCGCUCACGCUCGCGCUAGGCCCGCCCGCCGCGACGUGCCGCAACGCGGCGUACAUGCACCUCACGGUCGGGACGUGCCAGAUCCUCAAGGCGCUCACGCCCGCCAUCACGCUCGGCCUCUCCUACGCCCUGCGCCUCGAGGAGCCGCGCGCCCCGGUCGUCGGCUGCGUGCUGCUCAUGUGCUGCGGCACCGCCGUCGCGGCGCGCGGCGAGAUUGCGCUGCCGCGGCUGGGGCUGCUGCUGCAGCUCUCGGCCAACCUCGCCGAGGCGGUGCGCGUCGUCCUCGCGCAGCGGCUCCUCUCGGCGGGCGCCGGCGCGCCGCUGCCGCUGGUCGAGAUGGUGCACCACGUCGCGCCGUACCAGUCGCUGUGCCUGCUGGCGGCCUCGGCCGCCGUCGAGCUCGACUCGGCGGAGCACCGCGCGAGGGCGGCGGCCGCCGUGCUCGGCGCGCCGCUCGCCUUCCUCGGCGCCUCGGCGCUCGGGCUCGGCCUGCAGUUCGGCGCGCUGCUCGCGAUCAAAGUGGCGGGCUCCGUCACGAUGAAGCUGCUCGGCAUCGCGCGCAACGGCUCGCUCGUCCUCUUCCAGGCGGCGCGCGGCGCGGAGGCGCUCGCGCCGAGGCAGCUGGGCGGGCACGCCGCGUCGACGUGCGCCUUUGUCAUCUACACGCUGCUGCGGCUGGGGUACUUUGGAGGCGGCGGAGGCGGCGGCGGUGCCGCCAAGCAAAAGGCGCAGUGA